AUACUCAUUGCGCUAUUUGUUGACUUUAAUUUAAAGAGCGUGUGUAUGCGAAAUGCGUGUGUAAUUAAACAAUGGCAUCUUUGAGAAACUCCUAAACGAAAACUUCCCUCAGUGACGCUUUGGCUUGACUUCGUUGGGACAUCGCGAACAACCAGCGCUCUGCCCAGGGACGCGACGCCGACGUAGCUCUGUAGCAGGCCGGCUCACCUGUCCGUAUCCUGCUACUGCUAGAUAAUCCAAUCGAAAACGAAAAACAUUUGUUUGGGGUAUCUUCAGUAUAUUCGAAAAUGUCAGGUGUUGAACUUAAACCUAUCAAAGAAGCAGGUGGAACAAACAUCCUUCUUCCAUUAGGGAAAACAAACUUGGGAAGGGGUUCUUUCUUUGAGAUCGCUGAUAAACGAGUUUCUAGAAAUCAUGCUGUUCUCGAAGUGGAAGAUGGGAAGAUCAGAGUCAUGCCAAUACAUACCAAUCCUACAUUCUUCGAUGGUACAGGAGGAACUAAAUUGGCACCUUUAACUAAAGACGUAUGGCGAGACCUCAAACAUGGAGACCGUAUUGCUCUGACACCCGAUGAACACAUCUUUGAAGUCGUUAUUGAUUACAGACCUAUUGUGCAAGAAACCCAGAGUCCACGACUAUCUGGUGAAGAAUUAUCCCCUUUGAAACAGACUUCACCAUUUAAGCAGUCUGUUACACCUUCACUUCAAAAUAAUGGAAUACAAAAUGAGAAGAAAGAAAAUGGUCAAAACGAUCAGUCUAAAGAAGAUGAUGAUAAUGAUGAUAUAAAAGGGAAGUCAAUAGAGAAAGAGGAAGAAACUUCACCUGCUACAUCAAUUGAAGGAGAUAACAGCAGAGCAUCUACCACAGAUGGUAAGAAUGCUACUGAAGAAGAGGAAGAUAAAUCUAAGAUGGAAGAAACAAAGAAACAAGAUGGACAAAAGGAAGGGGAAUCUAAGCCUGAAGAUAAAUCAACGAAGGGGCCUGGGACAGUGGUAUAUGAUGAUAAAGAGAUUGCUCUCCCAGUGCAGAAAGAAAGGGCACUCCCAGCAUGGAUGACCAGUCCUCCAAAACAAAAAGCAGAAGCUAAACGUGCCACAGCAGUUACCCCAGCCAAGAAUGCACUCCAGAAUGAAGACACUGCCACACCUCAGAAGAAAGGUAGAGGAAGGCCUAAAAGUGGUGCUAAGGCUACACCUCAAGCCAAGAAAACGCCCUCUCAAACCAAAGCACGGGCAAAGAAAUACGCCGACGAUGACGACGACUAUCUUUCUGAAGAGGAGCCUGCUCCUAAGAAAAGCAAGACGUCAAGAUCACAGAGGGGAACAUCAAAGGUUGCAUCAUACGCCGAGGAUGACUAUGACGACCUAGAUGAGGAAUGGGUUGCAUCUGAUUUUGAUGAUGAUGAUGCGAGUGAUUGGGAAAUGGAAUCGCAGUCACAGUCCAGUAAAAAGGGCAGGGGCAAGGGGAAGUCUCCAAGGGGUAAAUUUGUCAGUCCAAGAAAGCGAGGGAGACGCAAGAAGUAUGCGCAAUCAAGUGAUGAAGAAGAUUGGAGUGAGGAAGAAGUGUACGUGCCACGCCCUACAAAACGUAGAGCGUCAUCCUCCUCGAAUUCACAGCCAACUCCACAGAGAAAGAGAGGAAGGAAAGCACGACAGGACAGUGAUUUUAGUGAUGAGGAGGAGUAUGUGCCGAAACCUACUAAAAGGACUCCAGCAAAAACAAAAACCAAUUUAGGUGAAAGUAAAAAAGAUCACAACGUCAGUGGAGAGGAAGAUGAUGACGGUGAUAAAGCACCGCCGAAGAAGAAACCAGAGAAGAAAAAGAAGCUAAAAUCUUGCCAGUUUGGAAAACGAUGCUAUAGAAAAAAUCCAGUCCACUUCGGAGAAUAUUGCCAUCCUGGAGAUCCUGACUAUCGCUCAGAAGGAGAUGAAGACGAAGAUGAUGGCAGGCCUGAAUGUGCAUAUGGAACAACUUGCUAUAGGAAAAAUGCAGAACAUAAUGAGAGCUAUAAGCACAAUAAACCGCCACCCAGACCCAAACGAGAGGCUGCCCAAAAAGUCUUGAAGACCACUGGAUUCAGUGAUGAUGAAGACGACGAUGAACCCAAUACUUAUGAUUACAAUGACAGUUUCUUGAAUGAUGAUGUGUCAGACUCGGCUUCUGUGCCUGGUAAGCGCUCUGAUGAUUCAGAUUGGGAUCCUGAAGAGGACAGUCAAGAUGUAAGAAAUCUACAGAAAGAAGCAAAGGAAUUCACACGCAACAAGAAGAUGUACAAGACAUAGAUCCUCAACCGGCUCAAAUCAAAUUCAAUAUGUAUUUUCUUUGUUUGAAUAGCACUGACAAUCGAUGGGAAAUAACAGCUUUGAGACUUUUAUUAUUUCCUACCUUCCAGUGUAAAACGCUGAAAUCAUAGUUGGACAUGACUUGAUAUGUAGAUUGAUUAUUUGGCGAGAUUAGUUAUACAUGUAGUUAUACAUUCACAUUCCAUGAUGAGGGGAAGGGGGAACUGAUUCCGAUACUGAUGGGAUGACCUCUCAUUUAAUCAUUAUUUGGUGAUCAUGCCCACUUUGCCAAAAUCUUAAAACUGAAGUUUCAUUGACGGAUUAGAAUUUGAUAAAUUUGUAUCAAAUUUAUUUAUCUAUUUCCUGAAUAUCUGCAUUACAUACAAUUUUGGUGUCUUCUGGAAAUUUACUGAAGUUCUUUACAAGUUUUAAUAACUUUAUUAUAAGCCAUGCAUCCGAAUUUGGAUCUAGAUUCUGCAUGUUGCUAGGUAAUGGUGGUAGUUAAGAUCAUGUAACAGUAAUUCACGUCUUACCUAGGGCAACAUUGACCUCACUGUGUUUCUUUUUACAUAAUGAAUUACAAAUUUAUGGAGGAAUAUACACCAAUAUUAUUACAAUAUAUCUACCGGUACCUUUGUCUGGUCUCUGUUACACAAAGGCAGCGUCCAUUCCCAACACUUGUAAGUGCUAAUCAAGAUCAUUGUUGCUUGUGUAUCGCAAUUGAUCAAUAAAGUUUAUGUACUAUUGUCUUGUUUUGCCAAUCAUAUGAUGAUGGGUAAUUUCAUAAAGCUGCAAAUGACUUGAAAACAACUGGACAGCUUUUUCGAGUUAUUUGCUACAUGGAUUUUCUAAAUUAUUUGCUACAUGGAUUUUUUCAUUGGUUAAAAAAAAAAAAUUCGCAUUCCCUAAGCCAAAUAUAUGUCUCUAAUGUGAAAAUUAGAUGCAAAAAGCCAAAAAGUACAAUUUCUUGUUAAAUUUUGUUCACCUUACAACUCAAUAUAAUGAGAUUCAUGGAUUCUGAAGGGGAUUUCUCUUUUUAAGUGUGUAUUAUAGUGAAAUGAAAUAGAAAAGGCCCUUUUCAACAUGUAGAUUAAUGAUGAUUUUUGCACGAUAGAUUGUAUAUAUUCUAGAUAAUAUCUUAGUGUGUCAUUAUUUGAUAAUAUUUUAAAUGUUACUAAGACUGUCUCUGAAGAGGCGAUUCAGCUUUGAAAUGAAUAUUGAUUUUAUUAUUUUAUUAGAGGUGGUUAUUUGAUGAAUUUUGAUAAAUUCUGCAAUUGCUGUCACUCUUCAAUGAAGUGCAAUAAUGCCAACAAAGAAUGCAGAAUCUUAGAAUUUUAGAUAUGUGAUUUCUAACUAAAUCUACUUCCAGUGAAAAGUAAAUAAAUAGAACCACUCAAUUUAAUGCAGAUUUUAAUUGAAAAACACAGUAAACCUUGUAAAUUACAUUAUUGAAACUGCUUAAAGGAACUAAUAAGUCUAUUUAUGUUAAUUGAGAAUGAGAAUUUGGCGGGAAGGAGGCUAGAAGAUGAAAUCAACUGCAAAUAUUAUUAAGUUUCUUUUUUUUAUAAACAAACACCUUGAUUUGUUUCAUAAUGCAACUUUUCAUGUAAUUCUAUUUCAUUAAUUACUGAUGAUUAAGAAUCAUCUACCGUACCAAGGAAAAUGAUCUCGGCCAGGACUAUAUGACAAGUUUUCAUGGAAAUGGUGCGAUAGUGUCCAAGUACAAUAUCGUAUCUGGCUGUAUCUCUGGGUGCUGGUUCCUUGACAUUCUGAUAGGUUAAGUCAUUCUUUAAUAUUUCUAUGUAGCAAAUUUAAUUGGGCAUUUACUGACAUACAACAAAUUCAUGGAUGUAUAUUCAUGGAGAUAUAUAUACCUAUGUAUAUUCAUGGAUGUAUAUUGCGUGAUCUUGUACAUUAUUCUAUUUGGUAUACACGUGUAGGAGACAUUGUACAUUAUGGUGAUAUCAUGUUAUAUUGUACCACACUUCAUCAAGAUCACAUGUAUUUUCGACGUUAUUUUUCUACAUUCUUAUUGUAAUUACACGAAUGGAACAGCAGUUGAAAUUAUGGGUUUGUGUACGGAUUGAGGCGAUUAUCUGAUUAUGUAACUUUAUAUAUUAACAUGUACAAAUGUUUAGUCUUGUUUUUGAUUAUUGUGAAUUGUCUGAAAUAUGCUGAUGAAUAUAGUUGUUUUGGAAAACUUUGCAAGUGGCAUUCUUAUCUCUCUUCUUCAACAAACUUUUCUUCCCCAAAAUUUAUUUCCAUGUCUUCUCACAUAUGUCAUAGUAAUUUUAAAUUUCUUAACUGUGUUUGGGUCUUUUUGAGAUAAAAGUGUAUUUUCAUCACUUUAUCAUGUAGGAAGCAAUGUGAAGAAAAAAAAAUAUUUUAACAUUUGCAACUUAGUUUGUUGGUGUUGCUCUUAAGUGUUUUUAUGUAACACAAAUUAAAUACUGCACCAAAUAUUCCUCUUUGAUAGGAAUUAUAUAAUUUGAAAACAUGGAUAUCCUUGUAAUAUAAAUUUUAAUUCUAUGUCAAAUUUCUAUCCAUUGUAAUAAUAAAUCAUUUUGAGAGGUAAUUCACUCUAUUUAAUCCCUGAAUACAUUUAAUUUCUCUUUGGUAGAUUGUACUGAAAAGCAAGCAUUGGAGUUGAUCAUGCAUCAAAUCAACCAUUCAUUGCUAAAAUUCUUUUGGCUAUUUAUAAUGUUGAAGGAAUACAAGGACGGUAUUUGCAAAGAGUUUUCAAUUUUUAUGUCGAGUGUAGAUAAGUUUUUAUAUGAAAAGAAUAUGAUUCAGAGUUGAUAUAAAUGUGACUUUUACUUCAUCUAAAAUAUGCACAAAGUCAGUUUUGUCAUAAAAUGUCAAUUAUUAUGAAUAUCUUGUUAAUCAAGUGAUCUACAUACCCUGGUGAAAUGAAUAUUCCCAGAGGAUGAUCCAUAUAAACUUUGUAUAAUGUUAUGCAUGGCUUUACAACUGACUAAACUACAUGAAUGGUAGGCAAACUAGUUUUAUUUUACCACAAAUAAAAAUUGCACUAUUCAAAUGAUUGGCAACAUUUUGUUGCCAAAAAAGUACAUGUAGUAUUACUCAAAUUUUGUCAGUUUAUUUUUUAUUCAUAUUGCUUGUAAUGCCAUGCAUAACUUUAUAUUUACUUUAUGAAAUGAGCCCCCUUUUAAUAUUUUUUUUCAGCACAUUACGUCAGUGUUAACAAUAACACUAUAUAACUACCAACUCGCGAAAUGAGAAUAAAACAAGCAAAAGAUUUGUGUGUAUUAUUUA